AUGUCUCCGCCGUCAGUCUCGGGUCGACAGAAGGAGUCGAACCUGGCUAGACUCCUUGGAUCCGGGUCCGCUGGUAUUGCCGAGCUGGCCGUCUUCCAUCCAGUCGACACCAUAGCGAAGCGUCUCAUGAGCAACCAGACCAAGAUUACGAAUGCCGCCGAAUUGAACAAGGUUGUGUUCAGGGACACUGCGAACGCGGCAGCUGGCCGCAAGUUCUUCUCCUUGUUCCCCGGCCUGGGCUAUGCUGCUGGCUACAAGGUGCUCCAGAGGAUAUACAAGUACGGCGGCCAGCCGAUCGCGCGCGAUUACCUGGACACCCACUACGGCCGUGAUUUUGAGCAAGCCUUUGGCAAGAAGACGGGCAAGGCCGUGAUGCACUCAACGGCAGGCAGCUUGAUCGGUAUCGGUGAGAUUGUUCUUCUGCCGCUGGAUGUUCUCAAGAUCAAGAGGCAGACGAACCCCGAGGCUUUCCGCGGAAGGGGUGUGUUUAAGAUUGUCGCCGACGAGGGCUUUGGGCUGUACAGGGGCUGGGGCUGGACCGCGGCGCGUAACGCUCCCGGGUCUUUCGCACUUUUCGGAGGUUCCGCCUUCGCCAAGGAGUUCAUCUUCCACCUUGAGGAUUACAACAAGGCCUCGUGGUUCCAGAACUUUGUGGCGUCUAUUGCCGGUGCCUCGGCUUCCCUGGUCGUUUCUGCGCCGUUGGAUGUCAUCAAGACGAGGAUUCAAAACCGCAACUUCGACAACCCCGAGGGUGGAUUCAAGAUUCUCAGCAAGAUGGCCAAGAACGAAGGCCUGUCCAGUUUCUUCAAGGGCCUGGUUCCCAAGUUGUUGAUGACCGGCCCGAAGCUCGUCUUCUCGUUCUGGCUGGCUCAGACGCUGAUUCCUGCCUUCGACGGCAUGCUGCCUAAAUGA